UGCAGGAAAUCCAGCCAGCCCAAGGUUCGCGGGAGUAAACAAAUGGGGAGAUGUAUCGGAAAUGAAAGUUCCGGGCACAAUGUCUGCAUCAUCGCAACUACCCUGCUGGAGUCUACGUCAGCCAUCAUCACGCAUCCCGUCAUCUAUGUCAACCGUCAUGCCAAUCGUCAUCAUUAUCAGCUUGCUGUCACGGUUCUAGUCAUCUGGAGGGACGACAUGACAGCCGUUGACUGAGAGCUGCAGACAACGACACGGGUAGGAAAUAGGCAAACACAGAGGAAGUAGCAGACAGAUGGGCAAGCGUGAGAGACUCGGCGCUCGCAAGGAUCAGAAGAGUGAAGGUAAAGACCCUGAUGGCUGUCCCAGGCAAGCAGGGCAUUGUGCGGCCUGGACAGAUUUUCCCGCACUUUCUGGAUUCAAGCAACCCACUGACACGACACAAAUCUGCAUCCAAUUUGUAGACUUUACGCAGACCAGUCAAAUCCCGCACUUUCUGAAGAAAUGGGCGAGCGUCGGUAGCUUCAACUUCAAGCUGAUUCCAAAAAAUGCCACCAAAACUUUCUGCAACCUCCGGUUCCUCCUAACCCGGGCACUCGAUACCACCACGUUGGAUACAUCCGUCAUCUCACACUGGUUUCAGCAUUCCCGCACCACGUGCACCAUAUACAUAUAUUCUUUUCGCUCAGUCCCCAUGUCCGUCAUAGGCUUCACAAGUUAUCUAUCCAUACCCGCUGGCAUAUUCACUUACUACGUCCCCAGCAAUAUUUUACACAGCCUGAAUGAUUUGCAUUUGGCUCUACAUGAUUCUGCGUGCAUACUGUAGCUUGCAGAUUUACUAAUAGCAUCCCCCUAAUCCUGUUGGUUGAAA